AAAUUUUUACUUUAAAAACAGAUAAUUUUAAUCAAUUAGAAAUUUAUUUUUACCAUUUGAAUAUAGUCAUAACAAUGUGAAGUAUCCUUAAGUCUUCCAUACUAACCCAAAUCAACCAAUAAUGCCAGUCUUGAAAAUUCCAAUUGUCCAUAAAUUUGGCAUCAUAUCACACAGCCAACGAUUGGCUUUGCAGGAACGAUUAUUACGACAAAACUAUGCGAGAGAAAAUGCAGCAGCAGCUGCUGCCGGAGCUCACAUUCGUGCAAACCCUUUAGAGGUUUGUGAAAAGUUUGUCCAGCGAUAUAAUGCAUCGACUUUUGAGGGCCAAGAACCACUGAGAGCAGAAGCUGAAAGGAUUCUCAUUCACAGUAAGAGAAGAGCAGGAAUUCUAACUCAAGGAGAAGGAGAUCAUGUUGACUUACCAAUGGCUUGGUCUGAACUUGCAAUUCUAGCACAAUGUAAAGGAAAAUUGCAAGAAGACUGUUUUGAAAUAUUGUGUCAGUCACUGAAUCAUGCACCUGUCCAUGAAGAAAAUAUACCAACUUUGUUUUUUCUUGCUGAAAGUACUUUAUACUGGUUACGUACUGAUACCAUUAACAGCACUCAACUAAGAACAGCUGAAAUCAGACUUUUAAAAAUGGGAUUUUUAGUUUUUGUCAGAUUAUAUUAUCAUCACUUGGUUAAUAAUCUCAUCCAAUUAGAUGAAUUUAAAUCUCGUUUAUCAACCUAUUUAGAAGGAAUACAAGACCAUGAAAUGCUGUAUAAAUCUUACCCUGGAGUUUGGCUCGCAAUCCGAUUCAUAUCUCGAGUUGGAGGUAUUAUUACUGCCCCACAUACAACGGAAUCUCAAACGGAACAAAAUGAAGACGACCCUAAUGAGAUGCCUACGAUUCUGAUAAGACCAAUUGUGUAUCAAGCGCUUCAUGUAUGGCGAUGCAAAGAUAAAGAAAUUGGUUUAAAAAGAGCUAUUCUUGAUGUUCUAAUUUGUGCGAAAGAUUUUUGUCAAGAAGAUUGGGUAGACUCACUGUUUGCUUUGUCAAUAUUAGGGGAUUCUGCAAAAGCCAAUUCAUUUGUUUGCAGGAGUUUUCAAGAUCUGGCAAGAGGAGUCGCUGUUCCUAUAAGCCAAAUAGCAACACCGAGAACAACAGAAUUCAUGAUGUCAACUGCUUCUCCAAAAAAAUAUACAGCUGGCAAUGCAACAGAUAAUUUAGAGGAAUCAGCACGAGAUGUUCAAUCAGACUCUUUUCAAAAUAUUAUGCAGGGAAUGAUGGCUGAUUUUGAUUCAUCUCUUGGCAAAACACCUCGUGGACGUAGCACAAAAAGAAACACAACUGCCGAAAGUAAUUUUCAAUCUGAAAUGAAUCGCUCGAAAACUAAUUCUUAUAAUCAAAGUUCUAACUUGCCAGGAACAUCGCGAUUGACUCCCACCCGAGGGUCAGGUAUUUCAAAUCCUAACACUCCCAGGAGUGAAAUGAGCGAGUCAAUAGUAACUGGAAUAUCCGCUUGGAGAUGGGAAAUCGCCUAUCAGUAUUCUCAAAUUUUGACAGAUAUUUGUCUUCAUGGGGCAACAGCUCCAAUACAGAAAUUAGCCAUGCUCGGUAAAUGGCUGGAUGCUGAUGUAACUACUUUUCGAGCUGGCGUUCCUAAUUUUUGUAUUGAAAGUUGCGGACUAGUUGAUCUACUUGAAUAUCGUAAUCCUCGCAUCGAUCCUUAUGACAAAACUUCAUCUAGGGGUGCUGGCUCCAAUCCGGCAGACUGGAGUUGGAAAGUACGUUACGGGGCACUUUCUGGUUUGCUGCAUUUGACACAUGCACUUCGAGAAGAUAAACUAAAAGAAGGAAUGCGCUCUGCUGCUUGGUCCUUAAUCGUAUCUUUACAAGAUUCUGCAGCGACUGAAGAUUGUGUUCUGGAAGCCUUACGUGUAGGACAAGUUGAAUAUCCUGAUUUUACCAAAACCAUAAGAAGCAGCACAUCAUUAAAUAUAUGGUCUCGUAUAUCGCAUUCACUUACAGAUCAUUUCCUGUUACCAACUCUUCCUAUUCCAAGAAGCCCAUCUUCACUGGCUAACCCUUCUUCCCAAGCUUUUCAUAGCGAUACUCGCCAAAGCACUCGAAUCAGUCCAAGAACGAAAGAAACAUCACCAGGUAAACAGGCAAAGCAUUCUGUCACAUCGCCAAGACAAAAGCCUCCACCAAACCGGACAACUUUGAAAGAUCAUCUUGAAAUACCUAAUAAUACAGAUAAAAUAUCAACUGAAUUUCAUAAAAGAAAUGCCCUCAAUCUUCAGCGAGUGAUAGAAGAUCAAUGGAGAAAACAACUCAUAAAAGAACAUAAGGAAGACGAAAAAGUGAGAAUGAGAGAAAUCAAAGUUAAACAAAAAGAAGAGGAAAUACACAUGCAAGAGGUUGCUGAGAAAAGAAAAGAGAAACUGCGAGGGAAGAUGACCAGAGAGUUAGCUCCAUAUGAACUCCCAUGAACAGUUUUAUUAAUCCAUCCGUUUUUAUGUUUGAGUUAAUUUUACCUCAAAAAACACUGUUAAAUAUUGUUAAAUUGAAGCACUUAUAACAGAGUAAUCUCUA